AUGGAGGCUACUCUGAAGGACAAUGGUAUCAGAACUUUCGUCAAGCUCCUACAAUGUGCCUCCAAGUUCGGAGAUGACCUUCAUAUCUGCGUGGGACCCACUUGCUGGGAGAUGUCCUCAAUAGAUCCAUCCAAGACCGCAUACGUCAAGUACACACUGGAAAAGGACUUUUUUCAGUACUGGCGCAGGAAAAGUAAUGUCAAGGGAGAAAUCAAAUGCCGAGUAUUUGUCAAGUCCAUCCUGGCCAUCCUGGGCAAACCAGCUCAAAUGGCCUCUGUCCAGAAGAUCGAGCUCAAGAUUGUCGACCCUUCAGCCGAGCUCCGGCCUCGAAGCCGUAUAAACAAGCGACGGAGAAGAGAAGCCCAGGAGGUUCCUGCAGAUCGAGACUUUAUCAAGAAGGAGGGGAAUGAGGAUGAGGAUACGGAUACGGAUGAGAACGAGGCGCAAGCAGGAUUGCAGGCAAAGCUGGUUAUACGGCUAUGUUGCGAACAUGGAGUCAUCCGGAAACACUCUUUACACCUGGCGACAUCGGCAUUCGAUCGAGUCAACGUCGACCCCGAAACAACACCUUCCCAUUUCACAAUCUCUUCCCGCAUCCUACGCGAAUGGCUGGAGCACUUUACCAUCUCCUUUCCUUCAUCGAGAGAUCCCCUGAAUCCGACCGGGGGGUUGAGUCAGCUGUGCUGGUUGUUCGCGGAAGAUCAUGUUAGGAUCAAGAGCUUGGAAGGCGGUGGUGGUGCCGGACUGAGUACAGAGAUCAAGGUCGAUACGCAAGAGUUUGAGGACUUUGAGCUCUUUGGCGAUCGGGUGGACAUGAGAAUGCCGAUGAAGGAAUUCAAGGCCGUCUUGAGUCUUGCCGAACAACUCUCGAUCACCCUCAACGUCUCCUUCUCUACCGCCGACCAACCUCUCACCCUCACCAACCUCGAAGAUGAGCUGGAGGACCUCACCAUAUUCUGCGCCGUCGCUACUUCGAAAGAGGAAGAAGCCUUUGCCGGCGUCCAUCUUGCUCACGAGAUCGAGCCGCCCAGGGCAGCUUCUCGAGAGCAGUCGAUGAAUCGAGGCACGGCAAGGAGUGCACAAGUGGAAGUUGGCGGUCCGGCUGGGAGUGGCGCGAGCUCUGCUCGUCGCAAGGGUGCUGGAACUCAGCGCAGACCAAAGCUGAGCUUGAGCGCCUCCAAACCCGUGGAAAAAGAGGAAGAGCGACUCGUGACAGUGUACCUUCCCAGUCGCGCAGCUGCUUCCCAAUCACAUUCUCAAGUCAACCCUCGCGCCUCUGCUUCACCUCAGAAAUCUCGAUCCAACGAUCAGGAACCCCUCUUUCUCCCACUGUCUCAGGACCGAUCGCCACCGCCGGACGCUGGGCCUUCCAAUACCCAAUUUGGUGGUGUACGCAUGACUCAGCAGGAGGUGCUUGAUUACGCCGGACUGGGAGACAUCGACAUGGACGAGCUGGGUGAUAUGAUGAAUGAUGAGGAGGAGGAGGAAGAGGCUGGAGCAAGCCAAAUACCCGCUCCUUCUGCUCACCGGCAACAGCCAGUUACCAGCCCGAGAGCUCCCAUGGGAUCUCAAGCCCGUUUUAAAGCGAGGGAAAAGGAGAGGCAAGAAAGAAUCACCCAGCGAGAGACGCUCGGUCGAGUUGGGCCUUCUCGUUCGCUGGAGCAGGAGAAUGUGGUCGAUACGACAGAGGCGAACGAGAACGACUUUACUUGGGAUCCGACAAUCGACAUGGACCCAAAUCUCAUGGGAGAGCUCGACGCCCCCGCCGAACGCCCGUUCGCAUCGACAUCGAAGGACGCAAGAAGGCAGGCAUUGUCGGAUGUGGAGAUGGAAGAAGAGAGGAAGCCGGAGAUUAGCGAUAAUGAUGGAGAGGUUGUUGAUGAUUGGGAUGAUGACGGUGAUGAUGAUGAAGGCGCUUUGGGGCCUACCCAGUAUGAUAUCAAUUCCAAAUAUCGACCAUUGUUCGAUUGA